CGUCCACAUUCUCGCGCAGCUACCGGUGGCGCGAGACGCAAAAGUGCGGGAGCGCGUUGGGAAGCACGCGAAGAAGUGUGUGUGGAGCUCCUUCCUUGUGCCUCGCGCGGUUGUUUCAGCAAGUAAAAAAAAAACAAAAAAAAAUGUUGUUUAACUCAACGUUCUCGACUUCUUUACAUCCACCCCCCCACACCCAGCAUGCGUAUUGUGCCGUUCAGAGAGCAGGAGGGCAGGGGGUCAGACUCCCAACAGCUGUUUCUUGUAACCUGAAAUAGUUGGGGUGCCGAGAUCUGUGCUCCAAAUGUGGGCAUCUGUCAGGGCUCGCGCUCGCAGUGAACGCGCAUCUCCGCUCCGCUCCCUCGGCGAAACCUCUCGAAAGAGUGAAAACACAACAAGUGGAAGCGUUCGUGUCACACGAGCUACAUUGAUUUCACCGAAGACGUGUAAUAAAGGCCUUCGAGGUGCCAUCACGAGCUUCCUAGCGCCAAUGCCAGUGGACAUGCAGCCGCACCAGAGCCUGUAUCACUAUGAGUCGGCGCCCAACCAGCCGUCCAGGGGCCUGGCUCCGUCGGGAAGAUCGGCGUACGGCGACGUCAUGACGCUGCGCCCCCCUCCGCACAGCGGCCAACCCCAGGACGGCCGACCCAUAUAUCCCCUGACCCCCGGGAUGACCGCGGGCUCUUGCAUGGACCCCUACAUGCGCCCCCCACACGGCCCUCCUUCAAACAGCAUGCUGGGACACCGCGGACUGCAGUCCACUGAUGGAGGCAACGGCAGCUCCUACUGCACCCAGAACAGCAUGAUCUCCUCCCACCACAACUUCUCCCUCGGCCAGCCGGGCUCAGAAAAUAUCGGAGGAGGGGAUGGCUCCCGCUUCUCGACCCCGCGCUCCAUGCUGAAGCUGAGCAAGAAGCGGGCGCUGUCCAUCUCUCCUCUGUCAGACGCCAGCGUGGACCUGCAGACGGUCAUCCGCACGUCGCCCAACUCGCUGGUGGCCUUCGUCAACUCCCGUUGCGGCCCCAACGGCGCCGGCUCCUACGGACAUCUGUCAGUGGGCACCAUGAGUCCCUCGCUGGGGUAUUCCGGCUCGGUAAGCUACCAGUCAAGACCCCAGGGAAACAUGUUCAGUGCUGGGACACCAGUAGGCCAUCCACCAGGACCCUGCCACCCGCCCCCUCCCCGACUGAUGUCCCACAAUCCGCGGGUCCACGCAUCUCCCAAGCACUGCCAGAUGAAAACGGAGCCGGUGCUGGGCAGCGUGAUGGACGGCCUCGGUGGCGCCGGUCUGGACGAGCGCUCAGAAGGUGACGUGGCCAGUCCUUCAUCCACAGGCACACAGGACCCGCUGCUGGGCCUCCUGGAGGGCCGUGAGGACCUGGACAAGGAGGACGGCAAACCGGAGCCCGAGGCCGUGUACGAGACCAACUGCCACUGGGAAAGCUGCAGCAAAGAGUUCGACACGCAGGAGCAGCUGGUGCAUCACAUCAACAACGAGCACAUCCACGGGGAGAAGAAGGAGUUCGUGUGCCACUGGCAGGAGUGUUCGCGCGAGCAACGCCCCUUCAAGGCCCAGUACAUGCUGGUGGUGCACAUGAGGCGCCACACGGGAGAGAAGCCCCACAAGUGCACUUUCGAAGGCUGCAACAAGGCCUACUCGCGCCUGGAGAACCUGAAGACGCACCUGCGCUCCCACACCGGGGAGAAGCCGUACGUGUGCGAGCACGAGGGCUGCAACAAGGCCUUCUCCAACGCCUCGGACCGGGCGAAGCACCAGAACCGCACGCACUCCAACGAGAAGCCUUACGUGUGCAAAAUCCCAGGGUGCACCAAGCGCUACACGGAUCCAAGCUCCCUGCGGAAGCACGUCAAAACCGUGCACGGCCCGGAGGCCCACAUCACCAAGAAGCACCGCGGCGACACAGGCCCGAGACCUCCAGGGUCUGUACUGCACCCUGGUGGACAAGGUUCAGAAAUGCAACUAGAGAAGGAAGAGAGCAGGCGAGAGGAUUGCAAGCUCCUGGCGCCGGAAACUUCCCUAAAGUCUCAGCCCAGCCCUGGUGGUCAGUCCUCCUGCAGUAGCGAGCGUUCGCCGCUGGGCAGCGCCAACAACAACGAUAGCGGGGUGGAAAUGAACGCCAACACUGGUGGCAGCCUUGAAGACCUGACGGCGUUGGAGGAGAGCGGGGUGGGCGGGGCUGAGGCAGGGGGUCUCCUAGGGGGCAUGGGCAUGUCGGCCCAGGCGCUGAAGCGACUGGAAGACCUGAAGAUAGACAAGCUGAAGCACGUCCGACGGCCCACGCCGCCUGGGCGCGGCGGCACCUGCAACAACAAGCUGCCCGCUAUCGCAGCUUCUGGAGAGGUGCUUGGAAUAUGCCCCCCGCCGUCCAUGUUGUCCAACCGACGUGUGAUGGAGCUGUCGAACCCGGAGCUGGGAGGAGGCGGUCCGGGCGCCUCGAUUUGUCCCGCCGCCGAGAGGCGGGGCAGCGGCACCAGCAGCCUGAGCUCUGCCUACACUGUGAGUCGGCGGUCCUCUCUCGUCUCGCCCUACCUGUCCAGCCGCCGGUCUAGCGAGGUGUCCCAGAUGGGAGGGCCGGGAGGCCACUCCCAAGCAGCUCUGGGCCAGAACCAGGUGGAUCCCCUAUCGCCGGAGACGGGCCAUCGAGCCUCUUCUUGCCGUGGAGGCGGGGGGCUCCCGGGCCUUCCCAGCCUCACCCCUGCACAGCAGUACAGCUUGAAGGCCAAAUACGCUGCUGCCACCGGAGGACCUCCUCCCACACCCCUGCCCAGCGUUGAACAGCCUGGGACGCCCGGAAGAAUGGGGGUCUUCCCCAGCGAGUACCACAGCCAACCGCUUCCUCCCUAUCUGCAGCAGGGAUCCGCCCGCCGGCACAGCGCUAACACGGAAUACGGCACGGGCAUCAUGUACCCCCACCAGGCCCCGGGGAACGGCACGCGGCGGGCCAGCGACCCGGCGCGUCCCGGCACCGACUCGCAGUCUCUACCCCGGGUACAAAGAUUCAGUAGCCUCAACAACGUGGCGGCGAUGGGGAGGCGCGGCGCAGGUGUGGCUCUGCAACACUGCGGCUCGGACGCCAACAUUGCGCGGCGGAUGUACUCGCCGCGACCACCCAGCAUUUCCGAGAACGUCAUGAUGGAGUCCAUGGCUAUGGGUGACCACACGACCAUGAUGGCCUCGGGAGAGAGGGCCUACGCGGAGUACCAGCAGCAGCACAGUCAGGGUCCGUCCGCACAGCUCUCUCCUGAACACGAGGGUAUGGUCUGUCCUGAGCACGCUUACCGCAUGUCUGCAGGCGUGCCAGGACCCUACCAGGCCCACCGAGGGGUCGUGGGGGCCUCCAGGACUGAGGCCGCGCACGCAGACAACGUGUCGGGGAGUCUGCUGCAGCAAGCCGAGUACAGCAUGAGCACCUGCCAGCUGAGCCCCUCCGGGCCUCCCUACCCCGGCCAGGGGCAGAUGGGCGAGGGCAUGGCUGGGCCAUGGGGGGAGCCGCCCGGUCAGCCCAGCAUGGACCACCGGACCAUGCAAUACCAGGACCAGGGCAUGCAGCUGCCAUCACGUGCGCACUUCAUCCAGCAGGGUGCCUUUGUCAACGCCAGUAAUGGCCAGAAACCGGUGGUCAAACCCGAGCAGCACUACCAUCCAUCGCUUGCAGCCCAGAACUCCUGCCAGAAUGCGAAAGUGCAAACACGGCAGAUGACGACGCCUUUGUCACCCCAGGACUUCUCGCAGCAGCGGGUUGGUCAGGCUGUGCUCCGGACAGGCAAUCCCAGCUGUGACUUCCAGGGCCAGAUGGAGGUCCAGUCAGUGCAGCAACAGAGCUCCUUCACCGGCCCCGGGGCCCUCAGUCUCGGCUGCGCCGGUUCAGCACUGGCUAGCGGCCGCCGCUCUCAGACGCCUAUGAUGCAAGUGAAGGAGAUGAUGGUGAGGAACUAUGUCCAAUCCCAGCAGGCACUCAUGUGGGAACAGCAACAGGACCAGAGGGGCCCAGAGAUGACCGUGUCAGGGAAGCCGCUCCAGCAGCCUGGACUUGCAGACAGCAUGGAGAUGAGUGGACAGACAUCCAUGUUGCAACCCAGCUCUCAGCAACAGCAGCCCCACAACCUCUAUCCUGGCACCAGCUACUCUGGGUACCCCAGCCAAAACCUCAUGAGUCCCUCACACAGCGGGGGACCAGGUUCGGUGCAGUCCAAAGACGCGCUUCUGGGGCCCUGCUACGGCCCGGACGUGGCCAUGCCCCGGCCCCCUCAAGGCCGGAAGCCCCUGAGCCGUCAGAACAGUCUGUCUCAGCAACCACCAGCCACCGGAGGGUACAUGGCCAGCCCACCUCACCUGAGCCCAGGAAGCUCCAGUGCCAGUCCUAGGAGAGCAGUGCGCUUACCCCCCAUGCAGCAGCAGCAGCAGCCCCCCCAUGGAGAAAUUUUGCCUGCCGGCAACAAUGCCAUGUACUACUCCGGCCACAUCCACAUGCAGCCCGACCUGGAGAAGCAGCUUUCACACCAGGAUGCCCAGUCGGGUUCCUGCUUGAACCAGCAGCACCUCGCAGCGAUGGAGCCGGGAGCCAAGUCUGCGUCCCUCGCAUACCCCGAGCCAGCACCCAUGUCCAAUGCUCUGGACAACCUCGAUCUGGAGAAUGCGCAGAUUGACUUUGCCGCCAUCAUCGAUGACCCCGAUCCUUCGUCUUACAGUCCGCUGCACCCUCUUCAGGGCCACAACCCAACCUCCUCGCAGACAUCCUCCCGCCUCACAACCCCGCAGACCUCCCUCACGCUGUCUACCGGACUGUCCAACAUGGCAGUGGGGGACAUGACCUCCAUGCUUACCUCCCUGGCUGGGGAAAACAAGUAUCUGAAUACAUUGUCCUAGAGAGGGAUGCAACUCUUAGCAACCCAACCUGAGAGACAGACAGGAAGCAGACUCCCGUCACGGUAAACCAAAGGUGCCUACUGACAUUGUGUACUUGUUCCGAGGCCUUGAUGUAGGAGCUGAUCCACGGGUGCUCUCCGCAUUCCGGCAGUUCCUCCGUCGACUCCACCAGCAAGUAGGUUGCCAGUUAACGGUGGAACUUCUAGCGGAACUGAAAGUUUACAUACUCAACUGAAUGUAAAUAAGGUAAACGCGUAUAUGCUAUUGUAUAUGAUGAUCCCGACGGUGAGGAGGAAAGCCGCUUCUCAGACUGCUCGCGUUUCCGAGAGCAAUCCCGUUCCGAAGGGAACGGCGACCCCUCGGCAUCUUCUCCACCGAAACCUGUAAUGAUGCAAACAAACAAACAAACCGUAUCGUCACGAACGAUGUUUAGACAGCGAAAGAUUCUUUUGGCCUCUGAUGUCUAUAACCGAACUCUAGGGAAUAAUCCUGAUGGGAAUAUGGAAUGUAAAGUCAGUAUUUAGAAGGCCUACGAGCCAUUGACGCUUUUUUCAUUCCAGAACUAUGAGCCAGGGGUGUGUAUCAAGAUGGAGAUGCCUAUACGUAACCACAGCGACACUCAUGCUGGGCAGCUGUUGGUUAGGUAACGUUCAAGUGCCUUAGGCGUCUGGCGUCUGCGGCCGCCCUCAAUGGUCUGCCUCCAAGAUUAUCAAUGCAAUAUCAAACCGCAUGACAGGGCUGGGCACCAAGAUGGGGGAAAACGCAAGGUUUCGCACCCAACUCUGUCUCACUGUUAUUGAGAAGUUUUCAGUAUUUUUCAGCUCUUAGUUCUGAAUGGGGAAUCAUGAAUGUUCAUGACGAGUGUUUGGCUGUUUCAAGACAUUCAAAGUACAUUAAGUGAAUUUUGGAUGUUUUUUUUUUUUUUUUUUUUUCCCCCCUUCUGAAAAAGAGGUUUUUAAAAAAAAAAAAAGAAAAAACCUGUUACGCAGGUGUUCUGUAGAGCGGAUUUCAGGGAGUAGUCAGACUUUGCAAGUCUAAUGGUCCCCAGCGACAGUAGUGAUGUUUAACAGACUGUUGCUCUGGGCUGAAGGCCUCACUUUUACAUAAUUAGCAGAAGAGUGGAGAGUAGAUUUUUGACAUAUCUCAGGCUUUAACACACUCUGCAGAUGGCCAUACACCAGUGCACAGCAAAGUGCCCUAAUCCACCCAUCACUCCCUCGUUGUAAGUAACUGCUUGUCUAGUUAAGGGUCACAAAGGUCCAGAGCCCAACCCAGCAGAUACAGGGCAUGAGGCAGAGCACACCAUUCAUGGGACAACAGACAUUUACAGUGCAGGAAUUUAAUAAUAAUAAUAAUAAUAAUUUCAUUGAAAUAUAAUUGAUAGUGAUUUCAUGGAUUGUCUUAUCAGCCCUAUGACCUUGUUUUACAGCCUUUAGAUAUCUUGUUCCUUUCAAAAUACUGUUUCUGGACCCAGUCUUCAUGGUUUUAAUUUUCUUGGCUCAUCGGAUCCUCCUGCGUUUGGCCAAAGAUUCUGAUUUGACACUAAAAGAAAAAGCACAUAAAUGAUAGCAGUAAAAAAUGUUAAAUGAAAUGUGCAGAAGGCUUUAUAAUUUUGAAAAGGAGCAUAUGAUAAAUGUGAUGUAUAAAAGCCUGGUUUCUUUUUUCCCCCUGUACCCAUUAUUUUAGUGGAUUUGUCUGUGUGUUUUGGUGUCCAUUCAAACUAUUUUGCUGGCAAAAAGAUCAUUUAGUAACAGAAGCAAUAAGAGUAGCAUUUAUUACAUCUAUACAGUAAAGCCAAGUGAUAUAUUUUUGCGUACAAUUUUUUUACCAUGUUUUUAUACAAAUGUAUUAUAUUUUACUGAUUUAUAAAUAAACA